UAGAGGCCGAUAUCUAACAUGUUGGUUCACGAUCACCGAGCCAUACUCAACAGAGGCUACGGUCAGAGAUGUCGUCUGAAAUCUUGCUUAUGCACUGAAGUGGCGUGAGCACCAUGGGCAGUCAUAAGAACUCCCAAGUCGCCUGAGAUUCUAGUCGAGUUGAUAUUGAGCAUUAAUAUUGAUCAUUCGUCACUUUGUCUUCUACUACACAGCUCUUCUAGUUUGCUACUAUCUUUUUUAAUCAUCAUGAAUCAAACUACUAACGGCUUCCCUGAGUCGUGCUCCUCGACAUCCUCCAACUUCACAGAGCUCAAAGACACGGCAAUGCCGUCACCAGUUCCGAUUGCCAUCUGCGGAAUCGGCUUGAGGCUUUCCGGUGGCAUUCGAAACACUGAUGACUUCUGGGAUCUCCUUGUCAACGGCCGGGAUGCUCGGGCGCCCGUCCCAAAAAGUCGGUACAAUGCUCAGGGGUUCGAUGGGUCCCUUGGAGGCAAAGAACGUAUCGAGACUCAGUUCGGGUACUUUCUAGAGGAUGAUCUAUCUCAGUUCGACCCCUCGCUCUUUUCCAUGACCCAACUGGAGUUGGAGAGGUGUGAUCCCCAACAGAGAUUGUUGUUACAAGUUGCUCGUGAGUGCCUCGAAGAUGCUGGUGAAGUUAACUAUCGCGGCAAGCCAAUCGGCUGCUACGUGGGCACAUUCGGCGACGAAUGGCAACACAAGCAGAACAAAGACAGCCAGCAAGUCGGUAGCCAUCUUGUUACGGGAGCUGGAGACUGGAUGCUUGCCAAUCGUGUAUCCUACGAGUAUGACCUCUGCGGACCAAGUAUGGUAAUCAGGACAGCCUGUUCCGCGUCUUUGAUAGCUCUGAAUGAGGCUUGUAGGGCAGUCCAAUUCGGUGAUGCUUCUGCUGCCAUAGUUGCUGGGUCAAACCUGAUUCUCGGGCCCUCCAUCAGCAUAUCAAUGACUUCAGAGGGUGUCUUGUCCCCAGAUGGGUCAUGUAAAAGUUUUGAUGCGGCGGCAAACGGCUAUGCUCGAGCCGAAGGGAUUACUGCCAUCUACGUCAAGCGCCUUACAGACGCUAUCCGUGACAGCAACCCUAUCAGAGCUGUCAUUCGAGGUACCGCAGCUAACAGCGACGGUAAAAGCCAAGGGAUGCUUGUACCUAGCGUAGAAGCCCUCGAAUCCCUUAUGAGAAAGGUUUAUUCUGAUUCGGGAUUGAAUCCAGCCGAAACCGCCUUCGUCGAGUGCCACGGUACAGGAACUGCGGUUGGUGAUCCAAUCGAAACUUCCGCUGUUGGUGAGGUUUUUGGUGACAACGGGGUGUAUAUUGGCUCUGUGAAGCCAAAUAUCGGCCACUGUGAGGGAUCAGCCGGCCUUGCCAGUUUAAUCAAAGCGGUCUUAGCAUUGCAGCAUAAAACUAUACCUCCUAAUAUCAAAUUCGACACUCCCAAUGCUAAGAUUCCAUUCGCAGAAAAGAGGCUUAAGGUGCCAACAGCGCCGACUCCCUUCCCAGCUAAUAAAGCUGAGCGAAUCAGUAUAAAUUCGUUUGGAAUUGGUGGCUCAAACGCACAUAUAAUCGUUGACUCAUUUCCUAAUCCUGACGAAAUAAGUCCUCUUGAGAGGGCGAAGAGACCCGAACUCCUUAUAUUCUCAGCUAAUACACAGAACUCAUUGAAGCAACAAGUAGAAAAAUAUGAGAAGUAUAUUUCCUUACGUACCUCUAAUGUAUAUAAUGUAGCAUAUACGUUAGCCCUCCGAAGAGAACGGCUACCGCAUAGGGCAUUCAUGAUCAAGUACAACGACCAGAUCGUAGAUGUCUCCGGGUUAGCGAGGAUACCGGGGAAGUCAUCCAGCCGUAAAGUCACCAUGAUUUUCACCGGGCAAGGUAGCCAAUGGGCUGAGAUGGGAAAGGGGUUGUUCCUGACGAAUCGAGAAUUCCGUGAGGACAUUAAUCUUAUGGACGACAUCCUGAGACAUGCCGUACAGCCUCCAAAUUGGACAAUCGAAUCUGAAAUGCUUAAAUCAAGCGAAAACAGCCGUAUCAACGAAGCUGAGCUGUCGCAACCGCUAUGUACAGCACUGCAGAUUGCGAUCUAUCGCCGGUUUGAGCGCUGUGGAGUUGUGCCAUCGUCAGUCAUAGGCCAUUCAAGCGGCGAGAUCGCUGCGGCGUACGUUGCCGGCCAUAUAUCGCUCGAGUUCGCUCUCAAAGCGGCAUACUACCGCGGACUUGUCUCUUCAACCAGCACAUCCAAGAACGGGUCAAUGGCCGCCAUCGGACUCGGGGCUAGGGAGCUAGCACCUUUACUACCUAAGGGUGUUGUGGUCGCCUGCGAAAACAGUCCCAAGAGCUCAACUAUAUCAGGAGAUUGUGAACUAUUGAAACGCGCUAUAUCCAACAUAAUAGAAUCAAAGCCGGACGCUUUCGCACGGCCAUUGAAAGUCGAUAUGGCGUACCAUUCCCACCACAUGGGUCCAUUAGCAAAGCAGUAUCUCCAGCUAUUACAAUCAGAAAAGGUCUCAAUUAAUGGCAACCAAACACAUCCAUCCAAAGUCGUAUUCAUGUCAAGCGUUACUGCCAAGGUAAUAGACACGCCAGCUGAAUUGGGUCCCGAGUAUUGGGUUUCCAACCUCGUCUCGCCCGUGCGUUUCAGCACGGCAGUGCAAAACCUCAUACAGCUACAAGGUGACUCGGACAUCCUACUGGAAAUUGGCCCUCACGGCGCGCUGGCCGGACCCCUACGUCAGAUCUGCGCCGAAGGCUCGUGGCAGUUCAACUAUGUCGCCUCCCAAAAGCGAGGCUGCGACAGCGCGGUGUCUCUGCUUGCUGCUCUGGGCAGGCUCUUCCAAGAAAACGUCAACAUCGAUUUCAGCGCCCUUUUCCCUGGUGGGCGGGUCGUCCCGGGACUGCCUUCCUACGCGUGGGAUCAUAGCGGACAGACGUUUUGGAACGAGACUCGGCUGGCGACCGCGUGGCGGCAGAGGAAGUACCCCCAUCAUUGUACCCUUGGUGUUAAGACGACCGAGUCGACAGAUGCCGAGCCGAUAUGGAGAAACGUUCUCCAUCUUGACGAUGCGUCCUGGUUGGCUGAUCAUAAGGUCGGUCGGGAUGUCGUAUUUCCCUUCGCCGGCUACUGUGCUAUGGCCGGCGAAGCAAUCCGCCAGGCGACCGGCGCCGACAUUGGAUCGGGAUACCAUCUCCGCCAUGUGGUUGCUCAUACGGGGCUUGUUCUGAGCGACUCAAAGCCAGUCGAGAUUAUCACCUCGCUACGUCGAAAACGUCUCACUGACUCGGAUGAAUCCCAAUGGUAUGAAUUUAACAUCUCAUCUCAUAGCGGUUCCGUGUGGAUCAAGCACUCUACAGGAGAUGUUCGGCAUAUCGAAGGACCUCCCGAAGCGGCAACUUGGACUCUGGAGGACUUGCCUCGUAAGUUGCCCAGCUCGUCGUUCUACGCAGCCAUGCAACGUAUUGGAAUCAACUACGGUCCCGAGUUCACCGCUCUCGCGGAUAUCGCUACCUCCACCGUCGAGCAUACUGCUCAGGCCAAGAUUAUUGACAAGUAUAACCAUGUGUCCGCACCAUUCACUCUCCAUCCUGUGGUAAUCGACGGGUGCCUGCAGUCGCUCCUGGUUGCCAUGAGGAAGGGCCUUUGCCGCAACUUCGACGGCCUAUUCGUCCCUGUUUCUGUUGACGAGCUCGUCGUACACCGGGGGGCAUCGGAGAUCCACGUUCGCGCCUGGACGGAGAAAGGCGAUCUAAGGCUUGGCCAGGCCGAGUGUAUCGCCGACGGGAGACUAGCACUGCGGAUGCGCGGCCUCAAGCUGGCACCUCUCGAGGAUGACAACCCCGUUGCUAGUUCUAUCGACCAACAUGCCGCAGCACGUAUCUGCUGGCUUCCCGACUUCGACUUCGCAGACCACAAGGAGUUAUUCACGGCACCAAAGCCCGACCGGAAUCAGCUUGUGCUGCAGCAGGAACUCUCGUUCCUUUGCAUGGUCCAAGAGGUGAAAGCGAUCGAAAAUCUCGAGCCGUGCCAACCUCACUUCGCCAAACUCCGCGAUUGGAUGAAGAAAGCGAUCGAGGGCGCAGUUUCGGGAGGAGAAGAAAAGUUCCCUCUGGUCGACGAUGCGGCGCGCCUGCUAGAGCUGAGCGCCGAAGAGCAGCAGAACAUGAUCAACUCCCAUCUCAGCAUCUUGGGGAAAGGAGACCACCGCGCGCUUUCCGUCGGAACUAAGCGGGUAUGCGACCAUGCAGUCGAGAUAUUCACGGGAGCACGGGAGACCCUCGACAUACUGAUCGAGGGAAACCUCCUGUCGGAGAUCUACAACCGCGCUAGCUUCGGAUACGGCAACUUCGUGCGCCUCCUCGGAGGCACGCGGCCAAAUCUGCGGAUCCUGGAAGUCGGCGCCGGUACGGGCGGGACUACAGAGCUUGUCCUGCGCGACCUCGUCGACGAAGGCGGGUUCCCUUCUUACUCGGUCUACACGUUUACGGACGUCUCGUCCGGUUUCUUGGUGAAGGCAAGAGAACGCUUCUCCUACGCGCCGAACAUGGAAUAUAAAGUAUUCGACAUCAGUAGGCCCCCUCUCGAGCAGGGAUUCGAGGGCGGAGAAAAGGGGUCGUACGACCUCAUCCUGGCUGCCAAUGUCGUUCACGCGACGCCGGUAAUUCAGGAGUCGCUUAGGAACAUAAAGUCGCUAUUAAAGCCCGACGGGAUGCUAGUCCUAGCAGAACUUUUGCCCUCGCUACGCACGGCGAAUUACGCGUUCGGGCACUUCGCAGGAUGGUGGCUAGGCGAGGCUGACGGCAGACCUACAACUCCUCUGGUACCCGUUGAACGCUGGGACGAGGAACUGAGGGCUGCAGGCUUUACGGGCGUGGACUCGGUCGUCUUCGACGACGAAAAGCCCUAUAGCCAAAUCCUCACAAUCGUAUCGCGGCCACAGACUAGACGCGCGCCGCCCGCUAAGAAAGUCACUUUACUAUGCGACGAGGAGAAUUCGGGAGUAGCCCGCGCUCUGGUCGCUUCUCUGCAGAGCUCAGGGUGGGAGGUAACGCCGAGCCGACUAAGCCCAGGACCACUGCCAGACGAAGAUGUCAUAUCGUGCCUGAACCUCGAGAGCGACUGGUUCGUCAACUUGACUCCCGAAAAGUUCGCCGAGUUCCAGGCAUACGCGAGAGUCCUGGAGAACCGAAAGGUCCUCUGGCUCACACCACCCGUCCAGAUCCGAUGCAAGGACCCGCGACCGGCAACAUUCAUCGGCGUAGCUCGCACCCUACGAGCCGAGCGCGUGCCGGGGCUCAGCACGCUCGAGAUCGAGCCCACGGAACCGCGGUUCGCAGACAUGGUGCUAGACGUAUUCGACAAGAUCCGCACGCAAGAGGACGCGGGCACGCUGGGCCCGGACCGAGAAUUCGUCGUCGAGAACUCCCAGAUCUGCAUCCCCAGGUACCGCCCUUUCUCCUUGCUCAACAAGCUGAAGGAGAAGGAAGAAAGCCGCGGCCGCGAGGAGGACGGAUCGCAAGCCUCGAAUACGAGGACUGCUGUGGCUAUUGCAAAGAUAGGGUCUAUGGAGACCCUGCACUGGAUCGACGAGCCGCUGCCGGCAGAGCUGCCGGACGACUACGUCGAGAUCGAGACGCGAGCCGUCGGCCUCAACUUCCGCGACGUCGUGCUGGCAAGAGGCAUAAUCGACUCCCCCACGCCAGGACGCCUCCCGCUCGGGUACGAGCUCUCGGGCGUUAUCAGCAAAGUAGGCUCGGCCGUGAAAGACCUGUCUCCCGGCGAUAGGAUCGUGGCCCUUUGCAACGGCAGUCUUGGCACGAGGAACGUAGCGCCGGCCGAUAUCGUCGUAAAGAUCCCCGAUGGUCUCGCUUUCGAGGACGCUGCCUCUAUUCCCGUGUGCUUCGGCACGGUGAUCUACAGUUUGAUCAACAUAGGACGCCUGGAAAGAGGCCAGAGUGUUCUGAUCCACUCGGCCUGCGGAGGUGUCGGUCUCUCGGCGAUCCAGGUGGCCAAGAUGCUUGGGGCUGAGAUAUAUGCAACCGUCGGCAGCGAGAAGAAGGUGCAGCACCUCAUGGAUAACUUUGGGAUCCCGCGAUCGCAUAUAUUCAAUUCUCGAGACGCAUCGUUUGCGGAGGGUGUGAUGAAGGAGACAGGGGGCCGAGGCGUCGACUUUGUCCUGAACUCGCUAUCUGGUGAACUGCUUCACGAAUCGUGGCGGUGCGUUGCCAAGUUCGGCGUUAUGGUCGACCUUAGCUUGCGAGACUCCAAGGGUUCUGGUCGUCUGGAUAUGUUCCCUUUUGCUGAGAACCGGUCUUACUACGGCGUGAACCUGUCCGACUUUAGGGAGAAGCCUAACUGGCUAAGAAGGUUAUUAACCUCGUUCAUCGAUUUUUACGAGCAAGGCCACCUCCGACCAAUCGACCCCAUUGCGAGCUUUGACGCGAAACAGAUCGCGAAAGCAUUCCGCUACCUCGAGGAUGGUGACCAUUUGGGCAAGAUCGUAGUGACCUUCCCUCCACCCGAGUUAAGCACACCAAUCGAAUCUCUGCCUCAACGUCGUAAUAUUCAAUUCGAUCCUACUGCUACCUACCUCCUCGUAGGCGGUGUCGGCGGCCUGGGUAGAUCUAUUGCAGUCUGGAUGGUGGAACGAGGCGCACGAAACCUGAUGUUUCUUUCGCGCAGCGCAGGUCGAAGCGACGUCAGCCAGGCCCUAUUCCGAGAGAUAGAAUCUAUGGGAUGCUCGGUGACAGCAGUGGCCGGGCGCGUUGAUCGGAUUGAAGACGUAGAAGAAGCGAUCCGCCAAGCAAAGUCUCCUAUUAAAGGAGUGCUACAGUUAGCCAUGGUCCUAAGGGACGUCCCAGUAGUAGACAUGGAAUGGUCUCAAUGGAAAGAAGCCCUUGCUCCUAAGGUGGAAGGCACUUGGAAUUUGCACCGGGCAUUCCAGUCGACUAACCUAGAUUUCUUCUUCUUAGCCAGCUCAGUCUUGGCUAUAGUAGACUCCCUCGGACAAGGAAACUACGCGGCUGCUAAUACAUUUAUGGAGGCGUUCUGUCGUUACCGUCACUCUCUCGGACUACCAGCUUCGGUUCUGAACAUCACAGCUAUAGGCGAUAUUGGAUUUGUGGCCGAGAAUUCCCACGCGAUGCAAAACAUCAAAGCCCAAGGUAUAUGUCUGCUUGGCGAGCGCGAAUUCCUGGACUUCCUAGAGCUCAGCCUUAUGAAUAACUCCCCGAUAAGUACUACAAGUCAAGACGCUGCCGGGCCACUCGCUGCUCCACCAAUGCCGUGGAGUAGCGACGCUCAGAUGGUGAUGGGUAUACGGUCGGACCAAGACUUGGACGACCCGAACAGCCGAACAAUGUGGCGGCGCGACAGGCGCCUGGGCAUCUACCACAACGUACGGUUUGAAAACGCAGCGAAGAGCAGCGAGAACGAUGUUCUACAGAAAUUCCUCCGACAAGUUGCGACUGCCGGCGACGGGGGGAAAGCGCUGCUAAAAGCGAAGAGCAGCAUCGAAUUCUUAGCAAACGAGAUCGGCAAGAAGAUCUACGACUUCCUCCUCCGGCCGGACGAGGAAGUAGAUAUAGAUCUGACACUCGCACAGAUGGGUCUCGACUCGCUCAUGGCUAUCGAGCUGAGAAGGUGGUUCAAGGGCGCAUUCGGGCUGACGCUGAGCGUCCUGGAGAUAGUCGGGAGCGGAACGCUUCAUCAGCUCGCAGAACUUGCUGCAGCAAAACUGCUCGAGAAGGUUGAAAGCGAGUCUCGGAAACUCGCAUAGAGAUGUACCUGUUUCCGGGAUUACCCCUAUCAUCGAAAAGGAGGGUUCCUAUCGUAAUCGUAAUACUUUGAGCUUAGAAUGACACAAACUGAACAGGUCACAGCUUUAUUAAUGUUAGUUGCCUAGGUUAGGUACCUAGAUAGUAUGAUUGCUAAAUAAAUUUGAGUAUCUUGUCAUUGUAUUAAGGGGCGAUAGGU